AUGGUAUUCCAACUCCCGGCCGCUGUCGAUGCCGAAGUUGUCGCGGUGAUAUGCUACUCCUUCAUCUGCUUCUUCUCUAAUAUCCUACUGGGAUGGCUUCUUUGGACGCACAAUGACCGGACAAGUUAUAUUGCCUGCAUCUCCUACGCUACUCUCAUCAUCACGACGACAAGUAUUUGCCAACAGUUCUACGACUACGCCUACUGGCGAGACAUUUUGACGGAACAAUUCUACUAUGCGAGACAACACGCCGAUAAUGCGGAGGUGCAAUACCACAAGGGAUCCCAGGGCAUCAAGCUCGUUCUCAGCUACGUUCCCGCUAGUGUCUACGGAUGGUUCGCGACAACACCGAGGACAACACACACCAUUUCCAUUGUCGGAAGAGUCUUGCCCAUCAUCCUCACCAGUAUCACCGUCGGCUUGAUGCACUCCCCGCCGGCCCAGGAGUCGUUCCUGGUGUACAUGUUUGUUGCUAAUACACAAUUCGUCCUAAGCCUUUUCGGAAGCGCUGCACUGCUGCUCAUGAUCCUUUUGAAAUACGUCCACUCUCGACGGAACCUCACAAGUUGGAACGUGCUCUACGGGAACCCGGACAUGAACUCUUCGCUACCGAGCAGCAAUAACGGCGGUGGCAGCAUCAAGGCACGGUCCGUCUGGCUGGGCAGUGGCUCAAGCCGCGGUGGGCGAAGUCGAGCGUACAGCGGUGCUGGCACCAACAACACCUAUGACAGAUGGUUGGUGAUCCGACUGUCGAUCGCCUUCGCGGUGCUCUGCGUGUUUGAGUACACAAACGUGAUACCGCGCAUCGCCGCCGCAAGCCACACCAUCGACACCGCCGACAACUUGGAGCCCGACCUCAGCGUGAGACGAGCACGUUCCAGUAUCAGGGGAUACGUUGCCGGCGUGACACCAAGCCUGGUCGCCUUUCUCGUCUUCGGGACGACUAAGACGUUUCAAUGCAAGAUUCACGACACCUUUAUGCCAAAGGGACUCUCGAGGAGGAAUAGGCAGAAACGAAACCUGUCCCUCUCUUUGAGAGACUCGGCCGCUACAUCCCCGCCCCAUCCACCACCUCGGCGCCCGCAGCAAGUAGACGAGUUCUCCCUCGCCGACAUGAGCCCAAAGUUUCUUCAGAGCGGUUACUACAGCCCCCGGUUUCCUUCUGGCGGCAACGUUAGUCCAAGGCUACCGUACGGAAACCGUGCAAGCCCUGGACCGAGUUUCGGCACGCCGAGGGGUGUGCUCCCGCCUAGGGCUCACAUCAACCAUGAUGGACAGUUUCUGAGCCAGGGGGUCGGCGCGCCCUAUCCCCUGAUACCCAGCGAUAGUCCUAAUCCGAGUCUGCAGUCAAAGUUUUCGGUAUACGGGCGGCCUGAAGCAGGGGUCAAGGCUCUUCCUCGGACUCCAUACGAAUAG